AUGUAAAGAAUAAAUUCAUGUAAUUGUUUUUAUGAUUAUUAUUUAGAUUUGAAAGCUUGUGAUAUAUUUGCUCAAUCACCAUCCUUAGGUAUGAAUCAAUAAUCAAUAUAUUAAUCAAUAUUUGGUGGAUUUACAUCAAUAACAACUAUUUUUCUCGUGUUUCUCUUUUUCUCAAGCAAUUUUCUCAACUAUUUAGAAGGAAAAAACAUUAUAACAAAAUAAACUUAAGUCUAUGAUAAUGAUCUUUCCAAUCUCCAACUCGAUGAUCAGGAUUUCAUAAUAGCAUUUGGAAUUGAAUAAUAGAACUUUUUAACCCAGCCUUAUUUUUCAGUCACUCUGCAGCAAAGAGAAUACGAAAGAUUGGAUAACGGAUCAAUUUAAAAAAAUGUCACCUACCUUCCUCUUGAGCCUUGCAAAUUGGAAAGAUUUCAAACUAUUUUUCUGAAAUAUGGUAAGAAUUUUUCAGAAGACUUUACUCAUUUGCAAUUGGAGAACUUGUUAUGUCCAAAAAAUAAUAUCAGGAUGAAUAUUGGUGGUACAUUUGCAUCUAAUUAUUUCAAUUUUCUUAAAAUUGAAGUAUCUGCUUGCAAUCCAUCCUAAAUUUUAGAAAACAGCACCUGUGCUCCUAAUGAUGAACUCUAAAGUUAAUUAGACUUAUCAGGAGCAUUCAAAGUAUAAGUCUAUUUAAUAAACAAAGUAAUUAAUCCAAACAAGAUUGGAUCAGAUUAUAUUUCUAUUUUCUUGGAUGAUUAAAGUUAUUUAUCAUUUGUACCGAAAAAAUUAAAUAAGUAUGCAAAUAUUUAUUUUCGAGAAUAUAAGUUUAGGAAUAACUUAGAUUUUUAUUCAUUGAAUUAUAACGAAAAUUUUAAUUUUAUUUCAAUAGACAACACUGAAACCAAAGAAGUAAUAGAUUUAGGUAGGGAUUAAGAUACUACCUUUGCAUCAUUCUAUUUUAGAAAAAGUCCCAUUACAAUAUCAGUUGAAAGAAACAAUUAAAGUGUGACUGACUUAUUAUCCAAAUUAGGAGGAUUGCUGUAAAUAUCAUUAAUAGUAAUGGGAUUCAUUAUAGCAGCCUAUAACAAAUAAAAAAUGAUGGUGGAAUUGUCAAAUAAAAUAUAUGAAUUUAGUUCGGAUGGGGAUGAAUAAAACAAAUAGCAUCAAUUAAAUCUUGAACUAAUCAAUAAUGUGUAUGAAGAUCGACAAUUUCGACAUGAAUACUAUGUUAACAAAGAAGGAUAAUAAUAAAUUAUUCCAAGUAGUUAAAUCAAGCAUCAGAGUAAGAUUUUCAAACUCUUUGGUAAGGGUCAACCCGAACAACAUAUUGUUUUAACUGAUAGACCUACAACUGAGAAUAAUGAAUGCAACAACUAAUUUUCUUAUGAAAAUGAUGACAAGAGUAACUAAUUUACAUAGUAAGCCAUAAAGGAUCAUGGAGUAUUGGCACAAUAAUUGAAGUGUGUGAGUGGCCUAGAUUACUUUAAAAAAUAGAUCAAUCUAAUUUUAAAUAGAUCGUAACCUUUACGAUUUAAUAUAACAAUAUUUCUCAAUUAAAUUUGCUUUCGAAAAGUCUUCUAAAAUUCAAAAUCAGUUUAAUUCUACAAUUCUGCACUUGACAAAAUUAAUGAGUAGUUAGAUGUAUUCAACAUUAUUACAAGGUUAAAUGAAAUUGACAAAAUGAAAGAAAUAUUACUAUCUAAUUCAUAGUAACUGCUUUUCAAUUUUACUUCAAAACCUAUAAUCUCUUUAGAAGAAGAUAAGGAAAUGCCAUUCAAUAGAACGAUCCUCGAGGAAAGAGUUAGAAAUACAAUGAAUGAGACAAUUUGUGAUGAUAAAAAGAAAUAAAAUCUAGUAAAACGUAAACCAAUUCAUAAAUAAUUUUUUCGUGCUGUAAGCUUGGAUAAAGAUAUGAGAAUUUAUAACAGGAUUUAUAGAGCUUAUGACGCUGUUCUUCAAUAAAGUUCAGAACUAAAUCCAUAGCAUGAUGUCAAUAAAAAGUUAAUCAAGAAAUUAGGAGAUGAAAUAUAGGCGAUCUUCAAAUUAUCGAAAUUGCUUGAUUUUGAUGGGUUAAGAAGACUUCGAGCAAAUUCUAAUAAUGAUAUAUUUUGUAGAAAUACACAAAAUUUACCAGAUGAAAUGUUAAGUAAUUGA